ACACGAUGGCAACGGCCAGUGUCAACCAUUGUAGUAGAAGCCACCGAAGAAGAGGCAUUAGUGGCUGCAGUAGUAGCGGUGGUGUUAUGCUAAUCGCAUCAAUUUUGGUAUUAUCAGUCCGUUAUGGUCAUGCACAGGAUUUUGGAUACGAUGGCGAUAAAGGACCGUCCCACUGGGGUGAACAGUACAAUACCUGCACCGGUAAACACCAGAGUCCUAUCAACAUCAACUCGCUGGACGUGAAGAAGGUCAACCUACCACCGCUAGUGUUUCAGGGUUUCGAUGUCGCACCACGGGAAACGAACCUCACCAACAACGGCCAUACCGUUGUCGUCACGAUGGAGUCGGAGGUGACGCCGACCGUGUCCGGUGGACCGCUUUCCGGGGUGUACGAAUAUUCGCAGCUUCAUUUCCACUGGGGCGAUAAUGAUACCUUCGGCAGCGAGGACAUGAUCGAUAACCAUCGCUUUCCCAUGGAGCUACACAUUGUGUUUUACAAGCAGAAUUACAAGAACGCCCGCACAGCACUCAACUAUCCCGACGGAUUAACUGUGCUGGCAUUUUUCUACGAAAUUGCACCAGAAGACAAUCCGAUGUAUCAGGAAUUUAUCGAACUGCUUGGUAACGUCACCGGAAGCCAUCUGUCGGCGCGUUUCGAAACACCACCCUCGCUCAAGGAACUGAUCGCGGAGGAUCUGCUGCACUACUACACGUACGAUGGUUCGCUGACGACACCGCCCUGCAGUGAGGUGGUCACAUGGAUCGACUUUAAGGAACCGAUUCUGUUGUCUCACGCACAGGUGCAAGCAUUCCGUGCGUUAGAAAACGAGGAGGGUCACCCACUGACUCACAACUUCCGUCCAGUACAGCCGUUAGGCGAUCGAGUGGUGCUCUACAACACGGACGAGAUGAUCAAGGAGGUUGAUCUGGACGAGGAACAUCCACCAGAAGAACCGGAAGGUGUCGACACUAACAAGAUCGAUACACCAAAGUCUGAUGAAGCGAUAAGCUCUCCGAAGGAUCCUAACUCAAGGAAACAUCCUCGAAAUACAGCUUCGUCACCGUUCACAACGCAAUGGUCAGUAUUAGGUGCUUCACUAGCGUUGACAUGGAUCGUGUUUUGUUGCUCGGAUCGAUACUGCUAGAUAAUGCGAUCAUCAAUUGUUGUAAAUAUAGUGAAUAGACCGUCACAAGCACGUA